UAGCACAGUGUGAUACAGAAAUAAAGUCAUUACAGUGUUGCAUGCCAAGGGUAUGAUUGCCGGUGAUCCACUCCCUGCCUUGUAGCUCCGUUGAUGGCGUGAUCACGGAAGGCUUUUACAUCCCAGGCCAACGCUGUUCCCUCCCUCCGCCCUGCAAAGGUGCCGGGCUGGGGGCAGCAGCCCUGCAGCUGCAGCAAGGCUGUCCCACAACCCCCACGGCUUUUCCCGAGGCAACACGGAGGCGAAAACAAGCUCCGGGGCUCCAGAUCUGCCGCACCGCGAAGUUUGUGCCCAUUGCCUCUUGUCCUGUUGCUGGAUACCACCAAGAGGAGCCUGAUUCCAUCUUCCUUACCACCUCCAUCAGUAACGGCCUCCCCAACUGAAGAUGUCUAACAAUGGAGUUGAAACUGAAGACAAACCGCCUGCUCCUCCAAUGAGAAAUACCAGCACGAUGAUUGGAUCGGGAAGCAAAGAUGCUGGGACUUUAAACCACGGCUCAAAACCUUUGCCUCCCAACCCGGAAGAAAAGAAAAGGAAGGACCGAUUUUACCGAUCGAUUUUACCAGGAGAUAAAACCAAUAAAAAGAAAGAGAAAGAGCGGCCAGAGAUUUCCCUCCCUUCAGACUUUGAACACACGAUUCAUGUGGGGUUUGAUGCAGUCACGGGAGAAUUCACAGGCAUGCCGGAGCAAUGGGCACGUUUACUGCAGACUUCCAACAUCACCAAGUCAGAGCAGAAGAAAAACCCCCAGGCAGUGCUGGAUGUGUUGGAGUUUUACAACUCCAAGAAGAUCUCCAACAGCCAGAAAUACAUGAGUUUCACAGAUAAAUCGGCAGAGGAUUACAAUUCAUCAAAUACAUUGAAUGUGAAGGCUGUUUCUGAGACCCCCGCAGUGCCCUCAGUGUCUGAAGAUGAAGAUGAUGAAGAUGACGCAGCUCCACCCCCUGUGAUAGCUCCACGACCUGAACACACAAAAUCUAUAUACACCCGCUCUGUGAUAGAGCCCCUUCCUCCUCCUACCAGAGAUGUGGCAACCUCUCCUAUUUCUUCUCCCUCGGAAAACAGCACAACAGCACCUGACAUGCUGGUCAGGAACACAGAGAAACAAAAGAAGAAGCCAAAAAUGUCAGAUGAAGAGAUCUUGGAAAAAUUAAGAAGUAUUGUGAGUGUGGGUGAUCCAAAAAAGAAGUACACAUGUUUCGAGAAGAUUGGACAAGGAGCCUCAGGUACAGUUUACACGGCAAUGGAUGUAGCUACAGGACAGGAGGUUGCAAUCAAACAGAUGAAUUUGCAGCAGCAACCCAAAAAAGAACUGAUUAUUAAUGAAAUCCUUGUGAUGAGGGAAAACAAAAACCCCAACAUUGUCAACUACUUGGACAGUUACCUUGUAGGAGAAGAGCUCUGGGUGGUCAUGGAGUACUUGGCAGGAGGCUCCCUAACAGAUGUUGUGACAGAGACCUGCAUGGACGAAGGACAAAUUGCCGCCGUGUGCCGAGAGUGUCUCCAGGCUCUGGAGUUCCUCCAUUCAAACCAAGUUAUUCACAGAGACAUCAAGAGUGACAACAUCCUGCUGGGAAUGGAUGGCUCUGUGAAACUAACUGACUUCGGCUUCUGCGCCCAGAUCACUCCUGAGCAGAGCAAGCGCAGCACCAUGGUGGGGACUCCAUACUGGAUGGCACCCGAAGUGGUGACGCGGAAAGCGUAUGGGCCCAAAGUGGAUAUCUGGUCGCUGGGGAUAAUGGCCAUCGAGAUGAUCGAAGGAGAGCCCCCCUACCUCAAUGAGAACCCCCUGAGAGCCCUAUAUCUCAUUGCUACUAACGGGACGCCAGAACUGCAGAAUCCAGAAAAGCUUUCACCCAUAUUCCGAGACUUCUUAAAUCGCUGUCUUGAAAUGGAUGUGGAAAAGAGAGGUUCUGCAAAAGAGCUACUACAGCACCAGUUCCUGAAAAUUGCAAAGCCUCUGUCUAGUCUCACUCCUCUGAUUAUUGCAGCUAAAGAGGCAGCCAAGAACAACCAUUAAAGUGGUGGAGCCAACGCAGUCAUCGUGUCAAGACUUCUAGGUGUUCAUUUCAGAGACUGAAUUACCUGCCCCCCUCCCCUUCUGCUCCUUCUUCACAGGGAUGUUCUUAAAACUUUGAUCUGCCCUGAAGGGUGGCAGAGGUAUUGUUCACUGAACGUAGAAGGGCACGCAACAGGGACGUUGUUGAUCUUACAUAGUGAACUGUUUUCCCAUCCUCCUGAUGGGGGUGAGAAGGGAAGAGUAUUUUCUAUGAUUGAGAAGAUCUUUCUGAGAAUGUCUGAACCUAACCUACACGUAGCAAAGCCAGUUUGUUUUCGUAUUUCUUACUGUGUUUAUUUUUAAAAAUUAUGUGGAGCCUUAGACCAUGUUUAUCUUAAUAAAUUAAGUAUUUCGCUGGCUGGACUUUUCCUGCUUCUGGCAAGCUGCUGUUACACCGCUGAGGCUGCUUUGUGCUUUGAAUGACUUGAGGAGGGAAGGAAGCAGGCAGCAGAAAUGGGAACAGCUGUAACAGGCGAAAGGGGAAUGAGGGCAUGAAUGUUCAUCCCUCCUACAGCACUGCUGGAUGCUUUGAGGGAGCAUGGAGAAACCCUCUGUGUGCUUCCUGCAGCCAUUGGAGAACUUAAUUCAUGGAUGAUCUUUUUGCCAAAUCAUGUGAAUUGGGGCCCCCCCUCCCCCUUUAGUUUCAACUCAAACUAGACAAAUCUCAGGCGUUUCUGAUGUUCUUAAAGGUAAUUCACAGGAAAAAUUGUCAGAGAGCUGUUUUAGGGUUAUUAUAUCAGUGCUGUGAGGCUUCUUAGAGACCCUGUAUGAUAAAGCAAACAGAGCAAUUACUAUUACAAAGAUAAGAUUUGCCUGCAAAAAUUAUGUUGAAAACUCUUGUUUCUUAGAGCAAAUCCAAUGGAAAACAAACUGAUCAUGGAUGCUGCUUUUUUGGAGAUGUGGGGGACGUUAAUUUUUUUAAAUGAUAGUGGUUUCUUUAUGCUACUGAUUCCUUUGGUUGCGAAUAGUCUGUAAAACAACAGGAAACCUGGAACUACUAGAGGGAUUAGUUGUAAACACUGGGCUUCUGUUCAACUGUAUACUGAUUUUUAAUAAAAUGGCAGCUGCAUUUCUUAACUCGGGGCUGAGAGAGGACUGGAGAAUUCACUGUCACCAGACAAGUCUGUCGGAUGGGAAUAUUGUUCAUACCAUCUCUGGGUGCUUGAAUGUGUUGGAUGAAGUAAUAUUACCUUGUCUCUUACCCCUUCUUCUGUAGUCCUUUGGGAUAGCUAGUGGCUCUCAAGGGAGUAACUUUACACAGAGAAAAAAAAUCCAUGAAAAUCCCUAUUUUAACUGGGGAGCUUCUUUCUCUAUACUGCUUUGGUCACUUAUGGAGGUGAGUUUAAAACCAUUCUGGAAUAACCUCUUAUCUCUUUCCAAAGCACCUGUGUUGCACAGAAAUUCAUUCCUGCUUCUUGCUGAGUCCUGCUGCUGGCUCAGCCCUUUUUUCCCUGCACCUGGGUUUUAAUUCAAGUGCGGUUUUCAUAUUCGCUCCACAAUAUGUGGCAGGUCUUACACUAGUUUUACUGGGUGUAGAUUGAGUUUGCGAGGGCUCUUGCUUCUGUGGUGCCUUCUCUCACUCUUUGUGCUCCAGGGUGGCCACUGAUUGACACAAGGUUGAAGUCCAUAGUCCACUGCUAAAAGCUGCAGCCUCUCCCUUUGUGUAUAUAUGUUUCAUUUCCCUGUAAUAUUAAAGAGUUUGUUCUCACAAAGCUUGUGUCCAAGGACGAAUUCCUUGGGCAAAACAGUAAAGCUACCAGCCUGGAGAGGGAUAUGAGCUAUUGAUGAGCUCCUCUGCUUGGAGCUUAGGUGGAAAUUGCAAAAUGGAACGCCACUACCCUUGAAUAAUUCCCUUUGCUAAGGACUUAGUUUGUAUUUCCUCUGGAAGACUCAAGAUGGCAUACGUGGGAAGAAAGGAUUUAGGUUCUAGAUCUCACUUGAUCUAAAAUCUCAUGUAGCUCUGGUCUUAGAGAUUUGGCAAAUUACUUUUUUUGACAGCACAGAGUUAAACCCAAUCCACAAAUGUGUUUAAUGUCUCUGACAUCUCUUUAACUCCCUUCCCUGCUCUAUCCUCUGCAUCCCAUUGAGACGAGAACCUUGAUGUAGAUAUGCCCUAUCUGUGAGUGUGCAUGUGAUCCUACUUUUCUGCAGCAAGAUUUCUGCUAAAUUUCCCCAAAGAAGAUAGAAAAUGUUAUUUGUGUGUUUAAAUUGCUCUUCUGGAUUCUCUGCUGCAUAAUGGAAAGGAAUUGACACAAAUGACCGUUUAUCCUUCCUCUUAUGCUAGUGAUGUGCUUCUGUCUCAUCAACUUCCACUUUGAAUUGGUCCUGAGUGGUUUCUGUUAGCUGCUGGAGAGGGGGUUUGCCAAAAGCCUUUUGUUUUCCACUGGGAAGCUGCAAGACGGUAGCCAUGGAUGUGUGUCAUCUUCUCCCAGGCUUUUUUUUCCUUACCUGUGAUGGGUGGGAAAAGGAGGCAACUGCUAUGGCAUACCUGGGCCUAGUUUGAAGAUACCAGGCAUGGCAUGUUUUUAUGUUCUCAGAAAAUCUUAAAAAUUUUUGUAACUACCUUAAGUUUAGGAGAAUGGGAUUAUUUCUGUUGUCGCUGUUUUUCUGAAAUACAUCCUUUCCUCCACUGUCCCUUCAUCUGUGCAUCGCCAGCUGUCAGCACCUGUGUUAGCUUUCACAUGGCCCUUUAUGGCACCUGCCUGUCUAAAGAGGGCUCUUAAAUAGCAACUCUCUGACUUAAAAAUUAACCUCUGGGGCUUAUUUUUCUGAGAACUUCUUGUCUCUACUGUGAUUUGAAAGCAACUCCAACUAGAGAACUUAUUUGCUGUCUGCCUUUUUUUUUUUUUUUCUUUUUUACAUACUCUAUGAACUGAUUUGCCUGAGUUGAAACCAUUUUUAAUCACAGCCCUUAAUUAUUUAUUUGCCUAUUAAUAUUAAAGUCUCUCUUCUCUAUGAGAACAUAAAAUAUUAAAUUGUUUGAGUAUCCUUUCAGAAAAUUGACUUCCUUUUUGAAGGCUCUCGAGUAAUCCUAGACCAGAAGCAAUAUAACAUACUACAGCUUGCAAAGGGCUUGGUGAACGGAGAGGCUAAAACUCAUAAUCUUUUCCAAAACACAGAAGAUUGACUUACUUAAGAAGCCAGUAGUAGCUUUGGCAAGACACUUCCUAUAUUUCAAGAAUGGGCAUGGAUUUGUACUGCUUUAGGGUUUUUUUAAAUAAAUGAUUGAUUUGUAGUUCACCAGGGCCAAGAGUUUGUGUGAGAGAGGGGCACACAGCCCCCCUGUGCCUCGAAGGCAGGUUGUGAUGCUGAAUAGAGAGCCAGGGCGGGGAUGGACGGGAAGGCAGAACGUGCUGGUUGAGUUACAGCAGCAAUAGCACACCUCCAGCCAUCCCUAAAAUGUCUUAAUUGAAAGGAUGGGUUUUUAAAGGACAUAAAUCUGGCUGAUGAGUUGUUGCAAGCUCUUCUCUAGACAGGCAUUAUGCUCCUACCAAACUGCGUUCCCCUUUUAAACAAAAGGGGUGAAUGGUUUUCUCCAGCAAGGAGGCUCCUUGAGAAAGGAAGUUUCCAUGGAGACACUUCCUUGACUUAAACGAUCUGGUUAGGGCUCGAGAAGAGGCCUGGGGGGUGAACACCACAUCAACACAAAACCCACGAUUUUGUAAAGCAACUGGGGUUGCCGCAGUGUUUUGUUUCCAACUUGAUGCCCCUUUACAGGGGCCUGAUUUUGAAAAAGUGCCAAAAAUGUUGCCGGCUCAGAAAUGUGAGGUGAGUGAAAGGUUGUCUCUGCUUAGCCGAGAUCUGUUAGUAUCCUAAUCCAUCUGUCUCUCAAAAUACUGUGGGUUGGUGUAAGUAGGGCACAUUUGUGGCAAAGCACUGCGAGAGGGGACGGCAAUGGCCUGUCAGUAGGUACUUGCUUCCUUAAAACCUACCAUCCUCAGCUGACAGUAAAACUGGUCCAAGAAUAAUAUUUGUUUGAACCUCAUUCCCAAUGAAGAGUUUGCAUAAUACAUUUGUAUAGUGGAUGACAACAUCUUCAAUGUUAAAAUUGUUAAAGGUGAAGUCUGAUUCUCCAUCUUGCCACCAUAAAACAAUGAGACUUUUUAAUGGCUUCUUAUUUCAACAGUAAUGGCCUAUAGAUGUAUUUUGGGGUUGUAAGCCCAACUUGAUCAAGCGUAUGGAUAAUUAUUGCUCUAGGAUCUCCUAGUUUGUUGCUAAUGACAGCUCACAGUGUCCAAGAUGGGAUCUUAGAGAAGCAGCUGCCAACUUUGACAGGGAACAGCCAACAGUAACGAAACUGCAAUACAGACAGAAACUUGCUGCCAAGAUGGAUGGCUGCAGAGAAGUGGUGAGAAGAGCGACAGAAGCCUAAGGCGAAGUUGGUCGAAGGGGUAGGAAGAAGCAAAUGUUAGAACUUCAGUUACACAAUGGGUGAGGAGAUUCAGGGAGUGCCACAGCAGCCUCAAGGCAGCGGCAUCUCUGAAGGAGGGGAGCGGAAAGGAGCCUGGGGAAGGAAGGGGUGCUGGAAGUGGAGAUUGGAGCAGCAAUAUGGCUUUGAGUCACAGGCCCCUGCCAAGAGAGCUGGAGCUAAUCCAGGACGUUUGCAAAAA